CAGUCCCUCAUUAAUCACGGUCAUCGUCUCAGAUUUUUUUUUGAAAAAGAGAAAAAUCUCCUAACAUCAUCUUCCUCUUUCAACCAAUUUGAAGAAAACCCUAACCCUAAAAGCCCAAUCAUGGCGUCAAGAAAGAAACAUUUAGAAGGAAUUGCAUUACUCUCAAUGUACAACGACGACGAAGAAGACGAUGAUGAAGAAAUGGAAGAUCUCGAACACCAACCAAACCAAUCUAACGACAUGGAGCAAGAUACUCUGCACGACGAUAACGCCGUGCUUACUGAAGAAUUCCAGAAUACAGAAGAAGCAGAAGCAGCUACCGCUAGUCGGAAUUCAACUCCCGAAGGAAGUCUUUUAAGGCCUUUGACGCCGCUGCAGCAGCAGCUGCAACAAGGAGGGACUAUUAAUUUGGAGACGAAGAGUAGUAGUAGUAGGAGUAGGAGAGGGAGACUUGCUAUUGUUGAUUAUGGUCACGAUGAAGUUGCCAUGUCCCCUGAACCUGAGGAAGGGGAGUUCGAAGAGGAGCUUCAAAGUGCCAAUGGUGCUAUCCAAGAAAAAUCUUCUCCAGUAACUGCUCAGAUUUUAUCUCCUAGUGUUCGAGCAACUCCGCAGUCAUCUGAACAUCUAGAACCAUCACAACCUGGUGAAAUAAAUGAUACCACUAGGGAAUCAGAAGCUGUCAAUGCUGAAGUUGCUAAUGAGGUUCCUGCAGAGGGUGUUGAUCUGUUGGAUAAAUUUCUUCCUCCACCACCUAAAGAGAAGUGCCCAGAGGACCUGCAAAAAAAAAUUGAUAAAUUUCUUGCCUUGAAAAAAAUUGGGAGAAGCUUCAAUGCAGAAGUCCGCAAUAGGAAGGAUUAUAGGAACCCGGACUUCUUACUGCAUGCUGUGAGGUAUCAAGAUAUUGAUCAGAUAGGGUCUUGCUUCAGGAAAGAUGUAUUUGACCCUCAUGGAUAUGACCAAAGCGACUACUAUCUUGAGAUAGAGGCUGAUAUGAGGCGUGAAAGGGAGAGGAAGGAACAAGAGCUAAAGAGAAGUCCAAAGGUUGAAUUUGUUUCAGGGGGGACUCAGCCUGGAGUGGUUGUACCUCCAACAAAGUUCAGUUUGCCUAUUCCAGUUGCCACUGCUAGUGGGACGCAUUCAUCUGCAAAUGCAGCCGAUGCAGCUCCCCGCGAGGGUAGACAGAACAAGAAGUCAAAAUGGGAUAAGGUGGAUGGUGAUGGAAGGAAUCCUUUACCAGCUGGUGGACAUGAUUCUUUAGCUGCAGCAGCAGCUCUGUUAUCUGCAGCUAAUGUUGGUUCUGGAUACACGGGUUUUGUGCAGCAGAAACGGCGAGAGGCAGAAGAAAAAAGAUCUGGAGAAAGGAAGUUGGAAAGAAGAUCUUGAGCACUCCUGCAGAGAAUUCACUACCAUACCAUUCUUGGGAUGGACAAAAUUGCUCGAGGCAACAUGGCUUUGUUCUUGUUCACAUGCUAAUUUUUAUAAAAGAAAACUGUGUUUAGUUAAAGAUAAUUUUUGUAAUUUUCAGCUUGAAGUUGAAAUGUAAUAUAGCUUAUAGCACGAGUUCGAGUUUCUUUUGCUUGCUGCGCCCGUGAAUGUGAUCAGCAGCUGAAAUUUCAGUUUU